AUGGAAUUGAGAAAAGAUAUGAAAUUCCCUUUACCAGGUUUGAACCGCGUGACCAACAUAUUCCUGGUGAACUUAUCGGUGGCGGAUCUGCUCGUGACGCUGUUUUGCAUGCCGGUGCAGAUCGCCAAGUCCGUCACGCUGCUCUGGUACUUCGGCGAAGUCAUGUGCAAGACUGUUAAUUUCUUACAAGGUGUAGCCGUUGCCUCAAGCGUGUUCACCAUCACAGCCAUGUCAGUGGACAGGUACCUUGCAAUCACACAGUCGUUAAGACAGCCUUGGAUACCUUCGAGACGAGGUGCCUGUGGUCUCCUCGUAGGGCUGUGGCUGGUUGCCUUCGCCAUAUUUGCACCAUUGUUAGCUGUCGCCACGGUGGAGAGAGAACGAGUGCCAUCGUUAUUCAAGACAAAGAAUGAGUCGAUAUGGGUGGAGCGCAGUAUCGAAUUUUGCACGGAGAAAUGGCCGGACUCGAUCAAAAAGGAAUUAUUCGGUGCAUUUAGUUUCAUCCUCGUUUAUGCUGUGCCUGGUUGUAUACUUGUCGUAUCUUACUCACUCAUGGGACGACGACUAUGUUCAGUCCUACCGCCGUGUGACCAGACGGAAGGUAGUGCGAACAGCCAACAGCGGCUAAGAAUCGUCCGCGAAAGGAAGAGAGUGGCGUGGAUACUGCUACUGCUGGCUGUGCUGUUCGCGCUCUGCUGGCUGCCCUACAACAUCCUGCAGUUGCUCAUCGACGUCAACGCCGUGCACGUCGAGUCUGUGUCUAUCAUACUGCCGUACACUUUGCUACUAGGUCACACAAACUCAGCUAUCAACCCGAUUGUAUACUGCCUGAUGACACGCAACUUUCGCCGUUCGUUGCGCAAGCUGAUCUGUCACGACCAGGGUAACAUUCACUCUAAUACUCAUCUCCAUAUGCAGGGAUUACGUCAAAAAUCCAACACGUCUAGUAUGCGUACCUGCACUACGGUCACAUUCAGCAACAACCAGCUCGGAAGGACUGGCACUCCUAGCGCGCAGCACGGCAGGGCGAACAGGAGUUCAUCAUUCAGGGACAAUGGAUUGAAGGAUCAUCGAUGCCAGAAAACACCACAAUUUUUAUGA